GCCAUUAGACAUGAGAUGGAGAAGAAGGCAUCGCCUCUCGCACCAUUCUCUCACGCACUCAUAACAGGAAUAGCUCAGCAACUGUGGAACUGGAGGGAAAAUCAGAAUUUGGGGGUUAGGGUUUUUUCUAAACGACGACGUUUCGCGGAUAUAUAAUCAUACACUAUUCAUGUCGAUUCUUGCUGCUAAUUCUGUUGUUGAUUAUGAGAAUUCAUGA